AGCUAGUCAUGUAUCUUUGGUUUUUCUGGACACCUCAUUAGUUCAAUACCCACACAACGAAGGCAGGAAGCAAAAGACUUUUCUCUCUCUCUCUCUCACUCUCUUGGUUUUAAUAAUCUCAGUACAUCCAAACGCUGUGGGCGUUUUGCUUCUGAACGUGUCGAACUUUAUAGUUCCAGUAUUGCAAGUUGGAAGAGAGCGAGCGUAUUCAGCUUGCGGAACGUCUCACAGUCAGCUCGUCUUUCUUUGCGGCCGUCUAGGGAGUGCAGCGUUCCAUGACCCUGGCCAAGAAACGAACGACUAACGUGUUUCCAACUCGUCCAAGUGACGUAUCAGCUGUCAUCCAACCGGCCAACCCGUCCAAGAAUGAAGUCACCCGGACAUCGGUCUGGAUGGUGUGCACUGCGCAAAUGCUGGCUGGUGGUGGUAUACAUAGCGUUGAGCGGAUUGCUUGCCGGCAAACUGGUGGCAGAGGCAACAGGGUCUUGCCCACAAGCACGGACUUGCGAAGUCCUGCAUGCCGAAGAAUAUCGGGAUAUACGCCAGAUGGGUGACGAGAUGUCUGCAUCUGUUGAAGAUGUGAAGCAAGAAAAGUUAGUAUGGAAUCAGCCCCCAGCCACAGUCCUGCAGAUCAGAGAUCUCAACCCCAACAAUAUUAGGAGGCAUCGUAAGGCCAAGUCAUUUGCAGCGAAAAUUAUCGUGACCAUGGAUGAAGGAAAAAGAGUAAACCUGUUCUACUUCCAGCCGGAGCAGAUCGGAUUGUCGUGCCGAGACCUUGCCAGCUUCGAUGUCGUCAUACUGCCGGAGUUUCUCGAAGCCGAGCAUAGCCCGUGCAACUACUCCGCAGAGCUAUCGUCAUCACCCCCUCGACUUGUCCUCAGCGUACCGUUGCUGACUAGUGUCUACGAGAAACGGUGGGAGAAUGAUGACCGCAGUCGUGAGGAGGUUACCUUCGAGCUGUUUGGCUUGACCCGUGACGAUCCCCGGCAAGCCUACCCUAUGCUGAGACUGAGAAAGAAGUUUGAGCUGCCACUGAAGGAAUGCAACCACGAGUCAUUGGAAGAAGCCACGCUGACCUAUGGUCUACCUGCUCUGCAGCAGCUGGAGGAGAACAAUGCGGCAAGUAGAAAAGAUGUGGAUGUGACGAUAAGCACUGGUGAUAUCGGGGUGACGGCGCAUGCCAGCCAGGCUGUGAAGGCCCCGGUCUUGAUUCUUCGACUCGAAAUCGCUCGAGAUCUGAUCGAGACAGGUCCAGCAGGAGACUUCUACCUCACGCUAUGGUUCGACAGAGCAUCAGUAUCAGGCCAGCAGUCGGCCCCGGCAACGGCAGACAGCCUUCAUGCUGACCGGUGGAGACUACAGACAAUGGACACAGAGCUGACUGACGGAGAUGGAAGGCCUCAAUCCAUCACAUUCACCAUUCUCCUGACGCAUGACAUCGACGAAGGGCUGGCACAGCGCUGCUACAAGCUGCUCUCCCUGCCCAAUCUCACGUGGCCAGGUCGCCGGCACGUCAUGGUCACUAGCCGGGCCAUGGCGGAGGCGUACAAGCACGCGCACACGGCCUACACUGGCGGCAUGCAUCUCAAGGCAAUGGUGGAGAAAGUUUACUCGAAAUCAAGUAUGGCGACGUGGACCCAGAUCAGUUCAAUUCACCUCCCAGGCUGCCGGGAUAUUGGCUGGCCAGAUCCGAUCCUCGGGUGGCAGAUGAAUGGCAAUACCGGCACCGCAGUAAAGGAGUUUCCCAUGUGCACGGUCUGUGUUCCACCAGCCACAGCGGCCGAGGACCUGAACUGGUGCCUGUCCGAACCAAACAUUCUCAACGUCACGUGGAACAACACGACGCCAAGCGACCUCGUUCGCUACUACACACUCAGAGCGGACGUCAUUGGUAUUCACAACCAAGUCAUCGCUAGUAUCUCCGAUACGAUCGAGGUCCCAGGUGAGCCAAGCCUGAUGUCUCGAGCAUACCUAAUCGGCGAUGCCCCAAUACUACCGUUCGUGCAUCAAGUCGUCAUUGUCGAGCUUGCAGCUGUGUGCCGGCACCCCUUCACUAAGCAAAACGCAUCGCAGCAAAUGCGUCUUGCGAGCAUGCAGGAAGCUGGUGAUCAUAGAGCAUUCUGCAACGAUCCGGACCGCCAGCUUUCCAGUCUACCCCCUUCGAUAUCUCCUAGCUCUGGAUACACGACAGAACAUACAGAAUCUCCAGCAUCUCCCAGCUCCGGAUACGGGAUAGAACAUACAGAAUCUCCAGCAUCUUCAACCUCCGAAAACGGGAUAGGGCAAGCAACAGCUUCCAGCUCCUCCCGGCGGGCGCCUUCAGGGAUUGUCCUGGCAGCAGCGAGCUCAGUUUCAGGCCUCUUGCUGCUCGUUAUCGGGAUCACACUCUACAUACUUCGACGACGGCAUCGAACUAACAUGCUGAGAAACCAGGAUGACAAGAAUGGCAGGCCGUACAGCAUGAUAGCACAGCCCGUCUCCUGCUUUGGUCUGUCGUCAGGCGGCGGUGAGCAGACAUGGCUGAAGAAGACCUCCGCAGUUGGCAGCAGUGGAGGAGGUCAGCACAACAGCGGACACCAUUCGCCGCCUCAACUGUACUACAGGACCCCGACGCCGGCACUGUCCGAUCGCGGCGGCGAGCGGCACCGGCUGGAGUGCGGAAAGUCGCCGCUGAUAUACAUUGCGCACGACCAGGCGUGUUCGGCAAGCGUCGACGUGGUCGAACAGGUCCUGGCCUGGUUUGCCAUACGCACGAUGCGCGCCAAGUACUGCCCCCUGGAUGCGCCCGGGUCGGCGGCUAAGUGGACCAAGGAUACCAUUAAGGACUCGGAUUUCCUCCUUGCUGUUAUCUCGGACAAUUUCCCUCGCAGUCAACAAUCUGUUGGUGAUGCACCGAGUGUUGACCUGGAUGAAGUAUCCGAUAUUGAACGAGAGCUGCACGAUGUGGAGACGAGCAUGCUGCGCAGCCUGUGGAGCAGGCCGAAGCGCAAGUCGUCGUCACAGUCGCCUGUACCGCUGUGUGCGUACCUUAAACCGUACAGGAGCUCGAUGCAGUGUGGCCAGCCGCGCGGUGUCGACAAAUCCGACAAGUACGACAUCGAUCCACGUGCUUUGUACCACGACUUUGCCAGCGAGGAGUUCUGUCCCGGCAUGCGCACUCUCAUCUACCGUCUGUACAGUGUCGACGAGCAGACCGUGGAGAUCAUAUUCCCAUCACCCCGGUGCCAGACAUCACCUGCAUACGAGUGGGAUGGCUCAACAGGUGUGUAGCGUUAUUGACUGGCCUGGCCAGGCUACCUCUCCUGGCCAGGCUGCCUCUCCUGGCCAGGCUGCCUCUCCUGGCCAGGACUAGGAAGAAAAAGAGAAAACUAGAAUCUUCAAAGAGAAUAAAACAGACGAGAGAGAGAGAGAGAGAGAGAGAGAGAGAGAGAGAGAGAGAGAGAGAGAGAGAGAGAGAGAGAGAGAGAGAGAGGGGAGGGGAGGAGAACGUACACAAGGAGUGACUGAUGACUGAUGGGACAAUAAUCAUCAGCAGCACAAUCUAGAAAUUUCACUUGAACCAUAUCCAGCUGCUCUCUAUAAAAAUUGACUGCUGAGUUAUCGUCACUGCAAAGGAAAACACAAAACCAUGUAAUUACACGAUCAGUGAAUACAAUUACCAAUGGCCUGAGCCAUGCUGUUUGCACCCUUAUUUUUGUUCGUUAACGUACAUACACUGCGUCCCAGUCACGUGUUAUGCUCGUCAAAGUACGGAGGGGCUAAACCUUCAUGUUAUUGUUGAUUUUGCCUUUGCCCACGUAACGCCUUUGCUAUGAUCCCAGCAUAAAUAGCUGUACGAUCUCAACUUAUUUCGGUUAUGCUACUUGCCCCUGCCAGCAAUGCCGACCACACCAACAACAGCAGCAACAAUCAACAACAACAACAUCAACAACAACAACAACAACAACAACAACAACAACAACAACAACAACAACAACCACAACAACAACAACAGAAGCAGCAGCAACAACAGCCGUUGCCGAAUGCACAUGUACCAGUGUGUAGUAGGAGUACACACUAUAUUUUCCCACUGCUUCCAGGGAAUCCCUAGAUAUAGGUAUUAGAAUGAGAGAGAGAGAGAGAGAGAGAGAGAGAGAGAGAGAGAGAGAGAGAGAGAGAGAGAGAGAGAGAGAGAGAGAGAGAGAGAGAGAGAGAGAGAGAGAGAGAGAGAGAGAGAGAGAGAGAGAGAGAAAGAAAGAGAGAGAGAAAAAGAGAGAAAGGAAGAGAGAGAGAGUAUGUAAGAGUGUGCAAGAGUGUGUGCGUGUCUUUCCUUUGCACGACACAAAUGUAUUAACUGAUGGGUGCCCACUUGUAGCACGAUCUCCCCCUAACUGCAUGCCCACACUAGGAUACGUGUAGUGUUCCAAAAGCCGAGACAAUAGGUUGGUAGAGUUCGCUGUACACAAUCGCGAAUUUUUCAAUUGAUCAGCUUGAUUAGGGUGAGUCUACCUUUCAAGUGAUAAUCAUUGUGAUCAUGACUACACAUGAUGUGUUUUGGAACACAAUGCAGUGUUUUUGAUGAUGUUAUCCUGUUGGUGACAGUCACCUUUUUCUUCAGGCAUUUUCACCGUUUUCCACUCCCUGAAACGGAGGAAUAUUUUUUGAUUCCAGAUCCUUUUGUCAAUAUUCUGUCACUAUUUUCAUGUUGAGCAAGCUUUUGAUCUCCAGCCACGUUUACUUCUGAUUUAGAGAGCGUUAUUUUGAAGAUUCUCAUAAUAUCAUAAUCAUAGCGCUAUACGCUUGCACCAUGCCUGUGCGCUUCAAGAGAUUAUUUGAUGGAACUGCGUCA